AUGCUGGAACGACCAGGGCCGCCCAGCGACGGCUUCCUGCCGGAGUUGUGCCGAGUGCUCUUCCGGCUCAGCCCCGAGGGGCGCCGAAGGGCCAUCUCCACGAGCCUCAGCCAGGCCCAGCGGGAGCGGCUGGAGGCGUGGAUGCUCGCGCGGCAGGUGUGCCCGGAGACGACAGAGGCGGCCGCGGCCCCCCCGCAGCAGCCGCCCGUUUCUGCGGGCCCGUCGCGGCGCUGCGCGCUCGGGAGCGGCCUCGGCAAGGCGCGCGGCUGCGGUAUCAAGGUGCACGCCCAGACCCGGCGCGGCGGCCAGUGCGCGAGGUGGUACUCGGCCUCCAUCUGGCUGGAGGGCCUCUACAUGGUCGCGCGCAUGAGGCGCUCUUGGGCUGACGCGGUGGUGGACCGCGCCGUGCUUGCUCGGGUGCGGCUCGGGGAUCGGCCAGACCCAGAUCUCCGACGACAUAUGU